GCUGGUUUGAGGGGGUCAAGUCAGAGGUCACCGUGGUUGGGCCAGGUCAGAGGUCACCGUGGUUGGGCCAGGUCAGAGGUCACCGCGGUUGGGCAGGUCAGAGGUCACCGUGGUUGGGCCAGGUCACCGCGGUUGGGCAGGUUAGAGGUCACUGCGGCUGGGCAGGUCAGAGGUCACCGUGGUUGGGCCAGGUCACUGCGGUUGGACAGGUCAGAGGUCACUGUGGUUGGGCCAGGUCACUGCAGUUGGGCAGGUUAGAGGUCACUGCGGCUGGGCAGGUCAGAGGUCACCGUGGUUGGGCCAGGUCACUGCAGUUGGGCAGGUUAGAGGUCACUGCGGCUGGGCAGGUCAGAGGUCACCGUGGUUGGGCCAGGUCACUGCAGUUGGGCAGGUUAGUGGUCACUGCGGCUGGGCAGGUCAGAGGUCACCGUGGUUGGGCCAGGUCACUGCGGUUGGACAGGUCAGAGGUCACUGUGGUUGGUAAGCCCCCUAUAGUUGGCUUUGUGCUGCCAUGGUAGGGACAGAGGUUGCGCUGUCGCAGGUCCAGCCCUGUUUUCAGCUCCUGCGCAUGGGCUCGAAUUCCGGAGUGCCCUUGUCUCCCAGUCCACAUGGCACACCCUCCCAGGAUCUGUACACCUUCCUCCCAGACUCACACCGCUGCGUCUACAAGCUGGGGGCUCGACCUGACCUGUGUGACAUCCCGCUGCCUGGAAAACCACAGAUCCAUGCAGAAAUCCACGCGGAGAGGGAGCCCACUGGAGACUGGAAGGUCAAACUGGAAAGUUGCACUAAUUAUGGCAUUUAUAUCAAUGAUGUUCAUGUUUUACGUGGUCAAAGGUUGGAACUGUCAGAUGGAGACCUUCUUCACUUUCAAGAGAAGCCCUCCUCCUCUUCGUCGCUCUCAACCAGCCAAGAUACUUUUUUCCUUUUUCAACGUGUCCGUGUGCGACCCCUGGACUUUUCUGCCAUCACUGCCCCACGUGCACGAACCACAUUCCCAGGCUUCACACCUGUACUGGGCACUCAACGACUUGGCGGAGGGAGAGGAAGUACUCCCCAUUAUACAACAGGAGCUACGGUCAUCCUUAACUCCAUUGGUAGCAUUAGCAAAAUGAAGCGUGAGAGGAUGCACAGUGGUGGAUUGAUAGGGGGAGUCGUUGAAGUUACAAAACCUACCACCCCAAAUCUCCCCCUACCAUCCCGCACAGGUCUAGAAAGGAGAAGUAGCCGCAGAAAAUCACAGCACAAAGUAUUGUGUGAACUGGAGGAAGAGGGGGAUGGUGACAAGGAAGCAACCAGACAGGCAGAGGAAGAAAUGACUGAGACGAGGAAAAGGAAAAGAGGGAGGCGAAAGGAGGAAGAGAUGAAUCAGCAGAGGGAGACCGGCAGGAAACCUCGUGGUCGACCCAGGAAGAAUCCUGCCCCUCCUCUAGUGGUGGCUCAGACUGUGUCCAGUGCAGAGCCUUGUGCUUGGCGCUCAUGCUGCCUCCCCCAGGAGGACACAGUUAGCUGGGUGCAGUGUGACCAAUGUGACUCCUGGUAUCAUGUCGUCUGCAUCGGCCGCAGCCUGACCUCUCUGCAAGAUACAGACUUCCACUGUGGUUGUACGUGACCCUGAUCAGACCCGUUACAAGAAGACACUUCAUUCUUCUUUCAUCUCUUAUAUCUUCUAACUUGGGGCUCUACAAACUUGACCCAUUGGCCUACCACAUCUGGCCCAGGAUUAUGAGUAGGCCAAAGUUAAAUGCUCCCUCUUUUUAUCUAUCUUCCUUCUCUCUCUCUCAUAAUCCAUGAACAUGUAACAUUUCAGCGGCAGUAGAAGAUAGAAACUCAUCUAAAUGCUAAGUGCACCUUCCUGGCCCAACAGUUUUGUGCACCAUUUAAUGCCUUAUUAGGCUUUAAAGUAUAGAGGUCAUGGACAAGCACUGUGGGCAUUGAUCAGCUUCUGCACACUAAUUACUUCAUUAUUUAAUCUGUUAAGCUAUUCUUGGAGUCCAGACCUCAUCACAACUACAAUAACGCCGUCAUUCUAUAUGUCUAGUACUGCCUUGGGCUGCUGGAUAAAUGUGGGGGGGAAACAAAUUAUGAAUAUUAUUUUAUGGGUCAAGUUGGAGACAAGGUUUUUUUUUUUAAAUUUCAUACCAUCUAUUCUAUUAAAAGCAAUCAAAUAAAAGUUUAUACGCUAGACCACAUUGUGGCUGUUAUAACUUAAACCUGUACCUCAUGUUCUCUUGCUUUAAAAAUGCUACUCAACUUGCUCAUAUAGUUGACUGACAUGAACCUGUGACAUAUUAAAAGGUAUUUGGGUUUCUAGCACAGCUUUAUAUGUGUGUAAAUGGCCAUUCUAAUGGAUAGCUUUUAAACUACAUCAUCUAUGCAUUUUAAUGAAUUUACUGGUUCAAUGUGUUCUUCAAUUCGAACCUUCAUUUACCUGAAGCGUUUGCUCACGUGUGAUCCCAGAACCUUUUAGCUGCU